AUGGCUGAUGAGGCGAGCCGGCCGUUGUUGGAUGACCAGACUAGGUCUUCCUCCGAGUUCGUAGUCACGGAGAGGACUACCCACCAGACUAGCCGAUCGUUCGAACUGUCAUCCGAAUCCACACCCUUACUCCAUCGCCGCAAUGAAGAUAUUACAACAUACGGAACUGAGAGAGGGAGAAGCUCUAGAUCACCGUCAACGAUAUCUCGCAGGUCGGGGUCUCCCGAGAGCACAUCGACCAAAAAGCAGAGUCACCUCCGAUGGCCGAGCAUAGUAUCUCUCGCUUUAUUAACGACCGGAGUCCUCGCCAUUUUGCUUUUCGCAUUCUUGACUCCGGCCGUUGUUAAAGAAUAUGCAAACGAAGCUGCGAUCUUCAAACCCACGGCGCUAUCAGUUGACUCCACCACCGCCGAUGGGGUCCGAGCGCGGGUACAGGGCGAAUUCGUCAUGGAUGCAACUCGCGUGAAGAACAAAGCUAUUCGAGGCUUUGGACGGUUCGUCACUUGGGUUGCCACCGAAGUUGAAACAGGGCAUUCGGAUGUAGAGGUCUAUCUCCCGGAGUACGGCAAUGUUUUGAUCGGAACUGCAACAUUGCCAUCGAUAAUCGUGAACAUCCGCAAUGGCAAUAUCAACGAAAUUGACUUCUUAGCCGAUUUGGCUGCUGGUGAUGUACAGGGGCUGCAUGGCAUUGCUAUGGACUGGAUUGAAGGAAGACUUGGUCGACUGAGUCUCAAAGGAAAGGCGACCUUACACUUGAAAACAGGUCUGCUGCGCCUCGGAACUCAAGUGAUGACGAACACUAUCACAUUAGAGGAAUCAGACUUUCCAGCUAUUCCAGCGGUAAAGGUCUCGCAGCUAAACGUGCACGACGCUGAAGACGGUGCCAUGCAAGCUGAGGCUCUGGUAUCUUCGAUUGUCAACUCUCCUGUGGCUUUGACUGUUCCAGCUCUUGGCUUUGAAAUCCUUGUGCCAAACUGUUCCCCUGGUGACCCCAAUAUCAUGGUUGCAAAGGCACAGACGUCCCAAAUCAGAGUUGAACCUGAAGUGGAAACCACAGUCGGUGUCAAAGGGUUUGUCAAAAACCUCCCUGACGAAUUGACCAAAAAUUGUCCAGGAGAAGAAGGAUCACCCUUGGACUACUUGGUCUCAAGCUACAUACAAGGGAAUGAGACAACCAUCUUUGUCCGUGGCUCGGAUGCACCGACGCCCCAGGCGCCCGCAUGGAUGGUGGAUCUUUUACGCAGCGUUACCAUCCCAUUGCCUUUCACAGGUCAUGCGCUGGAUAACUUGGUCAAAAACUUUACCAUGACCGAUACCCAUUUCUCCCUCCCCGAUCCCUUUUCAGAGCCUGAUACCCCGGCAGCUCAACCCUCCGUUUCUGCUUUGGUGAAGGUAAUCAUCAGCCUACCCAAAAACAUGAAUUUCGAGCUUGAUGUCCCCAAAAUCCGGGCAUUGACCAAUGUUUUCUUUGAGGGCAAGGAACUGGGUACAUUGAACAUCAACGAUUGGCAAGAAGCAAACUCAACGCUGGUGCAUGAUGGCCAGAAUGGAUCAACCUCGCUACUCGUAGAUUUCACCAUCAAGGAUGCUCCGUUAAACGUGACAGAUAGCACAUUGCUGUCUCGCAUCGUGCAAGGCAUACUUUUCGGUACAGAGCCCAUCGUCUUGCACGUCGAUGCCACUGUGGACGCGAAGAUCUCAACUGGAUUGGGUCUCUUUGCUAUACGGGGCAUCCCUGCCGAUGGAAAUUUUCCUGUGAAGAGUUUAUCAAAUGAUCUGCGAUUUGGCAUUGACAUGCUAUUAGCUCCCACAAACAACACACUCGACCUGAUCAACCUGAUCGACCCGAAUAUUGUAUCGAUCCACAUAGAUGAGACAACAGAAUCCUCACUUCAGGUAUCCGCUGUGAUGAACUUCACGAACCCGACAGAGUACACCGCCGAAAUUCCUUUCGUCGAUUUCCUGAUGCUGUACAAUAGCACACCUGUCGCGCAUGUCGUUGCUCGCAAUUUCUCUUUGGGCCUGGGGUCUAAUUCCGACGCAGUGUUGCAAAUCACAUGGGGGCCGCUUGAAAUUGGAGGCCCGAAUGGGACCAAAGCUGGACGGUCUCUGAUCUCAUCGUAUAUAUCGGGAUCAAAUACAACUGUCACAAUCCGAGCUCAUGAGGGUACUAUUCCUGCCCUUCCGGAGCUUGGAAAAGCAAUGUCGGAUCUCGAGAUUGUUAUCCCACUUCCCCCUUUUUCGGGCCCAGGCUCACCAGACGAUGAUGGAGGCGAUAAGAGAACACCGCUACUUCAAGAUGCAACGCUUCAUCUUUGGUCGUCCACGGCGGAUUUCUUACUUUUUUCGCCAUUGGAAGAGAAAAGCAUCACAGUGACCUCAAUACAUGCGACAGCUUUCUACAAAGAAGAUGAGCCCCUUGGAAAGAUAAGGUGGAAUCAGCCGUUCAUUGUUCCGCCUGGCCUCUCGCGAACGCCUCGUCUGCCUGUUGAUUUGGUUCUUGGUGGCGGCGCGUACGAUGCCCUCCGAAAGGCUCUCGGCCAGUCAUUAAAGCUUAACACAGUUGCCCAGAUCGGUGUACAGGUGGACAAUUAUCGCGAUGUUGUAUUAUAUACGGGCAAAGAUAUCGAUGCCAAUAUUAGGGUAUAG